AUGGCGUCUGCUCUGCAGAGUCGACCGCCAACGUUUUCCAUCGAUGGAAUUAUGGGAGUGGAGCAGCAGAGAGCUGGAAACAUGCUGAAACUCCACAGACCGUGGACAGAGAAGGACAACAGUAGAGACAGUCUCUGCUCCAAACAUCAUCAUCAUCAUCAUCACCAUCCUCAUCCUCAGCAGAUGAACUGUCACAGAACAACGUCCAGCUGGUGCAUCGGGCGGAGACCACGCACGGCCUUCACCAACAGUCAGGUGAAUGUCCUGGAGACAGUGUUUCAGGUGAACUGUUACCCGGGUAUUCAGCUGAGAGAGCAGCUGGCAGUGAGACUCAACCUGGACGAAGAUAGAAUACAGAUCUGGUUUCAGAACCGACGGGCCAAGAUGAGACGUUCCCUCAGAGAAACCCGGCUGCAGCUGGUCCAGACUGCCGUGGCUGACCUCGAGGUGCGACGCCCGGUCAUAGGUCAACUGAUGACCAAACAGGAAGUGUGGGGCGACCUGGACCUCGCUCAGAAGCUCACCUCUCACCUCCAGCUUCAGGUGGGCCAGGAGGAGGAGUGACGCUGAUGACCUUUGACCUGCGGAGAUGUCUAUGUUGUCUGCUGUGACUGAGUGAGCCUGUGUCAGAGGCAGCAGCA